AUGGGAGGUACGCUGGGGUGCCCCUCACUGCCUGGCCCUGCCCCCAGGUGUUGCUUCUCCCCACUUCUUGUCUGGGGGGCCCUGGCCGGGCAGCCCCCCACAGCCCGCCCGCCCCGAAACACGGCUCUAGCCAACCUGCUCCGCUGCUUCACUUGCGACCGGCUCUGCGGGGGCUGCACAGCACCAGCCCCUCCGGCCCGCCCGGGCAUUGUGCUGCAGCCCGUCAUGCCCAGCUGCGAGCCGGGCCCAGCCCCUGCCUGUCUGCCCGCCAAGACCUUCCGCAGCUACCUGCCGCGCUGCCACCGUACCUACAGCUGCGUCCACUGCCGUGCCCACCUGGCCAAGCACGAUGAGCUCAUCUCCAAGUCCUUCCAAGGGAGCCAUGGCCGAGCCUACCUGUUUAACUCUGUGGUCAACGUGGGCUGCGGGCCAGCUGAACAGCGCCUGCUGCUCACCGGGCUACACUCUGUAGCUGACAUCUUCUGCGAGAGCUGCAAGACCACUCUGGGCUGGAAAUAUGAGCAAGCUUUCGAGACCAGCCAGAAGUACAAGGAGGGGAAGUACAUCAUCGAGAUGUCGCACAUGGUGAAGGACAACGGCUGGGACUGAGGGCUCAGGCCGGCUGCGCCCCUCGCAUGCCCCACCCUCCUGCCCGCCCCGCCCCACUGCGAGGCCCAUACCAGCAUGUGUACUGCCCACCCCGACCGGCUCCACCACCGCCCCCCCUGCCCCCCCCACCGCGCCCCCUGGCAGCAGGGGUCUGGGGGACCCCCGGGGUGUUCAAGGCCCAGGGGCGGCAGCAGCAGCAGCUGUCGGGAAACAGCACCAGGAGAGAGGAUGGCUGGGGACAGUGCGUCCCCGAGGUUCCAGGAUGUAGAUGGCAGGGUGAGGACUGGGCAGAGGACCAGGGGCGGAGCCAGAUUCUGCCCGGCCUCCUUAGGAGGACUCACCGCGGUCCGAGCCUGCAGACCCCCGCCGCGCCGGCAGCUGCGGGGAGGCCGGGCUUUUCCGAGUCCUGGCCUCGGAUGCCAGUCUGAGGGUGGGGAAAAGGACUCCCCAGGUCCAGGCCCACAUCACCCCACUGUGUACCAUGGCGCGGGAGAGGUACUUUUGAGUUUCGAGUCCUUGCCACUAGCGGGCCGGAGGAGACACAGCGCGCCCAGCCCCACCCCCGCCGGCUGGGUCCGGAGCCAGCGAUCACUGCAGGCUCUGUCCAGGGCCCGGCCACCGCUCCCUGCGACCCGGGCCCCUGGAGGGCAGCUGGAUCGUCAGGGCCACGGGGCGUCCCGUGGCUGCCACCAGCGAACGAAAUUUUUGUAUGAUACAUAAAGCGUUUGGGUCUAUUUUUAAUAGAAAGGGAAAAAAACCAC